AUGUUCCAGGAUCUCAGACAUUCCAACGGAUCUAACGUCCAGGUCUCCGAGUUCCUCCUGAUGGGGUUCCCAGGCAUUCAUGAGUGGCAGCACUGGCUCUCCCUGCCCCUGGCUCUGCUCUACCUCUUAGCUCUUGCUGCCAACAUCCUAAUCCUGCUCACCAUCAAACAAGAGGCAGCACUGCACCAGCCUAUGUACUAUUUCCUGGGGGUCCUGGCUGUGGUAGACAUGGGCCUGUCCACCACCAUCACACCCAAGAUUCUGGCCAUCCUCUGGUUCAAUGCUAAAGUCAUCAGCCUCCCUGAGUGCUUUGCUCAGAUGUAUGUCAUACAUUGUUUUAUGUGCAUGGAGUCAGGUAUCUUCGUCUGCAUGGCUAUAGACAGAUAUGUAGCCAUUUGUCAACCACUACGCUAUCCGUCAGUAAUUACUGAAUCUUUUGUGGUCAAAGCAACUGUGUUCAUCGCACUCAGAAAUACCCUAACUACCAUCCCAGUGCCCGUGCUGGCUGCUCAGAGACACUACUGCUCACAGAACCAAAUUGAGCACUGUUUGUGCUCUAAUCUUGGAGUCACCAGCCUAUCCUGUGAUGACAGGACAAUUAACAAGCUCUACCAGCUGAUUCUGGCCUGGACCCUAACGGGAAGCGACCUGGGUGUGAUUAUUUUAUCAUAUGCUCUGGUACUUCACUCUGUAUUGAAGCUGAAAUCAGCAGAAGCUGCAUCCAAGGCCCUAAGUACCUGCACUUCCCACCUCAUCCUAAUCCUAUUGUUCUACACAGUUGUCAUUGUUAUUUCCAUCACCUAUUUUGCACCAAAGACAGCUCUCCUUAUCCCAGUUCUACUCAAUGUAUUAGAAAACAUCAUCCCUCCUGCCCUCAACCCCAUGGUGUAUGCACUCAAAAACAAGGAGCUCAGACAGAGCUUACAUGAGGUUCUCAGGCUAAACAACAAAGGCAACUAA